UGCGGUCCAAUCAGUGUCCCCUAACUUGUUCUUGUCUCACGGCUAUCCAAGUUUCCUGUUUCACGCUCAGAAACAAUCAAAUUCGUCUGAUUAGACACGAAGAAUGCCCGUACUUCCUGAUGACACCUACAUCAUUAGGAAUGUUCGCCAGAAGGCUCUGGUGUUAGCUGCCAGCAUGGGGACGAUUGCCCAGUGCAUCCUUGAGUCGGAAAUCACUCUACCAAAGGGUCUUCCGGGCGACUCUAAAUUCCAGAAAGAGAUUAGCAUUCAGUAUAGUCCCCAUUCGGAGGGGUACAAAAUAUCGGUGCUCGAUUCGUUCAACCACCGGCCGAGGGUUGCUUUCCCCUCCCGAAUCGACGGACUAUCCCAUGAAUUUAUGUUCUUUGAGGAAGGACAUGUGUUCGACGACUGGAGAUUGACUUGCCAUGAUGGCCACAAGUACAGCAUCGGUCUCCGUGAUGGCCGAGUCCUCUCUGGAAAGCGAGGGGACAGCACUUGGGAUCUCCGAAAAGUCGCAGGAAUCACGGAUCUACAGAAGGUGAAUAUAAACAGAUAGCAUAGAGCCUUCGGAAGAGUUCACUCAAUUACCCCUGCCUUCCCUUUUUCUUGCCGAUCCUUGUCUCCACACACUUUGACACCUUCUGCCUUCACUUUUGCCUGCCUUCAGUGGACGUUUGAGAAGAUCGGAGACCUGCCGAAGCCGAACGCUGUAGCUUCGCCCAUCACCACUUCGAUA